AUGGAGCACCCUCAGGUUUAUACACCUGAACCCCGAAAGUUUGCCUGCGGGAAGAUUGGCCAGUACCGAGGAAUUCAGCAACCCAAGAGGAAAAGCGGCUCAUUCAAAGGGAAGGGGAUAGAAAAAUGGCACAGAGCUGUAUCUACCAACUUAGCUAAGCAAAAUGUGUUGGUCCCCAAAAAGGAACCAUUGAAUGAAAGUGACUUGAGGUUUCAUGGAAACCAAAACAACCAGAAAAGAAACCUGAUGAAGAAAAUGAAGAGUGCUUUCGGGAAAAUGCUGUCCUGCAAGUGUGGAAGCCAGUCAGGCAAUGUUGGCAAGGAGAGCUCCGCAGAGCAGGAGGAAGCUGCCGUCUCCAACACACAGGGCCUCCUGCCUAGGCUUGUCAAGGAGCUUCCAUCUCCCAGGUUAUUUACCAAGCCAAGGACGAGAAAGCUCUCACAGAAUG